UAGGCUUUUUCUUGUGUUUUGCUCUCUAUAUAUAUAAAAAACAAGCUUUUUACGAAAGAGAUCCAGAACUCAUCUGGGAAAAGUUAGAUGCUAAAAGGAUUUUGAUGAAAAUGAUUUCGGAGGCAGCUUCUUGUUUUCCUAACGUAUCUCAAGGUUGUUUGCAGAUGUAUCCUGGCAGCGAAGAUGAUGUUGCGACCACUCUUGAAGCAAGUUCGAUCUCAGAAACUCACUCAAAUUCUCUGCUUUAUAGUCUAUCCCUUCUCAAAGACAAGGUUCAUCAGGUUCAGUCUUUGGUUAGCCUCCUCAUCUCACCAAAUCACCAAACUCAGCCUGAGUCAACUUCUCUAGCCAUGGCCAAGAUGGGGACCAUGAUUCAAGAAAUCAUUGUUACUGCAUCUUCAAUGUUUUUCACUUGCCAGCAGAUGGCGAUUGGCUCAAACUCAGCAGCAGCCAACAAUAAUAACACCGAAGAAUUGCACCAGGCCGCUCAAGCUAAUAAGGUUCAAGAAAAUGGGUUACUGCAACCAAACUUCGGUGGCAAUAACAUAGGCGCAGAUAGAGGGCAAAGCUUCUUCUCUAGCGAAACGUUCGAGCCCUGGUAUGGUGAAAACUAUAACAACAAUAAGAAUAGUAAUCGAGGUAUGCUUGUUCUUGGUAACGGUAGCAACCAGAAGGUGGAAAGAAAAGGAUUUUCUCGAGUGCGUAGUGAGAAUACUGCAGAAGGGAAAUCAUUAGUCAAGAAUUACGAUAUAAUAGAAGUGGAUGCAGCGGAUUUACUAGCUAAGUACACUCAUUAUUGUCAAGUUUGUGGGAAAGGAUUCAAGCGUGAUGCGAAUUUGAGGAUGCAUAUGAGAGCUCAUGGAGAUGAGUAUAAGACUAGUGCUGCUUUGAGCAAUCCAAUGAAGAAUAGCAAUUCAAGUGGAAUCUUGGGAGAUAAUAAUGAAUCAUGGACGAAAUUGCCAAGGAAAUAUUCAUGUCCACAAGAAGGGUGUAGGUGGAAUCAGAAGCAUGCUAAGUUUCAGCCUUUGAAAUCCAUGAUUUGUGUGAAGAAUCAUUACAAGAGAAGCCAUUGUCCAAAGAUGUAUGUUUGUAAGAGGUGCAAUAGAAAGCAAUUCUCAGUGUUGUCUGAUCUGAGAACUCAUGAGAAGCACUGUGGAGAUCUCAAGUGGCAGUGUUCCUGUGGCACCACAUUUUCUAGGAAAGAUAAGCUCAUGGGUCAUGUUGCUUUGUUCGUUGGACACACCCCAGCAAUAACUUCCUUCACAAAGCCACCAGGAUGAGUCAUGCUCAGCUCUCAUUGAUCAAAAUGGCUCCUCAAUACAAAGUGGUAUGCUAAUUUAGAUAAUUUCCAUAGUGAUCGAUGUUUUUUUUUUGGGAAGAAAGGUCUGUACAUGAUA